AUGGCAGCUGCCCAAGGAGGGAAGAGGAGACAGCCUCUGAGGAGACAGAAGGCCCAGCAAGAUGAACCACGGGCCGCCCCCAAGCAGGGGAAGCGCCAGCCCCAGGCAGGGCAUCAGAUGAGGCAGACGCCAGUGGUGAAGCAGCUGAAGAGCUGCCUGGGGAAGAAGGGCCUGGUGAAGAACGGUGUCCCCGCCCGCUACGCCUCUAAGAUGCUGCAGCAAAUGAGGAAGGUGCGCAUGUCGGCCAAGGCCAAGGGGCUGAUGAAAUCCUUCAUGGCUGAUCUCUACAGCCGGGUAUCCACCGAGGCCGAGCACCUGAGGAAGCAGAAACGGCUCCCUGCCUUGGGCUCCUCAGAGGUGCGAGCUGCCCUGCAGCAGGUGAUGCCAAGGGAAGUGGCCAAGCACUCAGCCACCCCCGUCUGCAACGAGUCCGCAUAG